UGAAACUAAAAAAGGAAGAAAAAAGGUCACAUCUUCACCUCUUCUGAUAAUAGUUGAUUCAACCUCUACAAAAACUACUUGCCACCCAUAAAACUCUUAAACCAUUUCCCUUUGGCUUUGGAGUUCCAGUAAUAGAAGCAUAUUAUUACUAAGUUAAGGAUCUUAUUGCACCUUUUCUUCUAUUUUAAUCAUUGACCAAUAUUGCCUACAAAGUUACCCACUUUUUGCAUCAUUACCAUUGGAAUCUUGCAUCCAGACUCUGAGACUCGCUUCUAUUAGUGUAUCAGCUGGGUUGGAUUAAAAGAAAAUCAUCAUGUUCAAGUACUCGCCUCGUAGAAACCAACAGAGAAAUAAAGGCUUCAAGGUGAAGCAUGCUCUUCAGAUAUGUGUACUUGUCGGUGUUUGUAUCUGGCUGCUUUACCAAGUCCAGCACUCACGUAGCAAGAAAGCAUCUUUUGAACAAAACACAAGAGUCUCGGAGAAGGUACAAACUGACAAUGAUGUUUUAAGGUUUGGAAGGAAGGACCUCCAACCUCAAAAGAAGGAAGUAGAUAUUGAUGAUGAGAAACUGAAGGAGGUGACAGAGGAAGACGAGCUUAAGCAUUUUGAUGAUGACACCAAAGUGGAGGAGCAUGACCAUGAUCUAGAAAAAUCAGCGGAGGAUAGUGAGCAUAAAGGGGAGUCAGUGGAUGACGAUACAGGGAUGGGGAAAAUCCAGGAAAAAGAAGUGAGUGAAGACAAUGUUGAAGCAGAAAGCAAAGAGAAUACUGAAGAUGGCAAAGGUGAGAGUAAUGAGGAGGCCACUGUCACGAAUGCCAACAACAGUGAAACUAAUGAAACCAGAGAAGAAGAUAGUGAAAAAGAUCAGGUAAAGCAAAGUGGCAUUGAGGGUGAAGAAAGUAAGGACCAGGGAUUAGAGAAGGACGUCAAGGAUGUUACAGAGAACAAUGACAAGGAAAGUGAAAGUGAAGAGAAGAGAACCGAGGGAAAUGUUGAUGCAGGAACUGAUUUGAAAGAAGAGAAGGCACAAAGCGAAGAGAGUGGAAGUGAAGAAGUAGUUGAAAAUGAAAGUGAAAAGAAGUCGGUGGAGUUGGAGGAAAGUAAUGAAGGCAAAGUAAAAGAGAAUGACGAGAGGAAAGAAGAAAAGAAUGAGGGAGACAGCAGAGAGAAUGAUGAAGCCGGUAAAGAGAAGGAAGAGAACCAAGGCAAAACUGAAGAAUCUAGCUCAUCGGAAGAUAAGGUUCAUGAUGAAAUUGAUGAGACUAAUGAGGCUUCAACAGUAGAAAAUGGCAAGGAAGAGAGUUCAUUGGUGAAAGAGAAUUCACAUUCUGAAGACAUGACAGGUACAGAAGGAGAUGGUAAUGUAGCCUUGAAUAAUGAGGAGGAAUCCAAGAAGGGAGAAGAUGAGUUGCAAGACAAGAAAAACAAGAACGACGCAAGUGAUGAAAGUCUGAACAAGUUGGAUUCAGAUGCUGGAGAAAAUAAGAUGCUUGAACAAAAUAGCUCUGCAGAUGCAAAUUCUGUUGGAGAAGUGAGUAAUGAAAGCAACACUGAGGACAAUUCUAAUGCCACAGCAGGAAACCAUGAUGCCACUAGCCAGCAGACAGAAACUGGCAAUUCUGCCUCUGAAACCAUUCAAAAUGAAAAGAACAGUAAUGAUAACUCCAAUCAUGCAGCUGGAAGAAAUGAAGCCAAUGAACAUCAGCAAGAAAAUGAAAACUCCGCAUCUGAUUCCAUACAAAAUGAGAACAACUCUAGUGAUAACUCAGAUCAUGCAGCAGGAACGAACGAAGCUAAUGAAAAUCAGCUAGGAAAUGAGAACAACUCUAAUAAUGACUCCAAUCUGGCAGCAGAAACCAACGAAGCCAGUAAGCAGCAGCAGGAACAGGAUGGUUCUACUUCUGACACCAAACAAAAUGAGAAGAACUCUGGUGAAGACUCCAAUCUUGCAGAAGGAACCAAUGAAGCCAAUAAGCUGCAGAAGGAACAGGACAGUUCUGUUUCUGACACCAAACAAAAUGAGAAGAACUCUGGUGAAGACUCCAAUCUUUCAGAAGGAACCAAUGAUGCCAACAAACAGCAGCAUGAAAAUGAAAGUUCUGUCGCUCAUACCACACAAAAUGAGAACAACUCUGGUGAGGGCUCCAAUUUUGCAGAAGGAACCAAUGAUGCCAACAAACAGCAGCAGGAAAAUGAUAGUUCUGCCACUCAAACCACACAGAAUGAGAACAACUCAAUUAAGGAGGCUGUUUCUGUUGGAGAUGGCACACAGAACGAUCCAAAUGCGCAGCAGUCUGAGAAAAAAGAUUCAAAUUCCUCAGCAGAUGAAGAAUCGGUAACAAGUUCAAAGGGCUCUGAAUCUGUUGACCAAAAUGGUAACUCUGUAACAGCUGGUGCAACUGAGAAGUCAACGGGAGGUGGGAAAGAUCAGAAUGAGUUGAACCAAAAAUCAGAUGCUACUUCUGAUCCAGGCUCUGAGAACAAAAUAAAUCCCUCAAAUGACAAUGACGAGACGGACCCAGAUCAAAACAAAUCGAUUGAUUCUUCCACCUCAAAUAGCAAACCUGAUGAUAGCCAGCAAAACCAAGUCGAGUCGACAGAUUCUGCGAUUCCUCGAGAAGAGACAGAGGCUCGUACUGAUCUGGGAACAUUGCCUCAGACAGGAAGCGAGGGGAACAGUCAUGAAGAAGCUGCAGCAGAGUAACAUAGAUACCUAGUAGUAGUACUAUUUUAUGCUAAGGUUUUAUUCACAUUCUUUCUUCUUGUUGCCUUUUUCAAAGUCUUUUAAGGCAAAUAUGAAAAGUGAGAUAUCUUCGGUUUGCUUGCCUGUUGAUGCCGAAAAUCCAUCAUGUAACAAAUAUGUAGUUUGGUGUUGCGCAUAACUCAGUUACUUGAUUAUCUCUAAUCCAUAAAGGUGUAUCUGCAUGUCUGAAUCGUGCAAUUUUCUGUGCAUUAUUAUUGAUAAGGGUUUCUUCA